AUGGCUGCAAGUGACCCACAGCCUAAGUUUGGGCAGUCUGUGAAAAGUUUAUUGUCAGAUAAAGUAAACUGCUGCAGUACUGAUGUGACUGCAUUAAUGAAACAAGUGCUAAAGGGUUCACUUAGUUCAGAGCUCCUCGGUCAAGCAGCCAGGAAUAUGGUAAUGCAAGAAGAUUCUAUCCUACAUUCUGAAGAUAGUUUGUGGAAAAUGUCUAUUAUAACAACACAUCUGCAGUACCAACAGGAGGCAAUUCAGAAAAACAAAGAAUAUUCAUCUGACCUCCAAGACCAGCUGAGACAUCUUUUGAAAUGA